GGCUUGCGGGUCAGUUCCGCGCAGCGCGGCCGGGGAGCCAUGGCCGCCCCAAGAGAAAAUGUCAAUUUAUUAUUCAAGUUAUACUGCUUGGCAGUGAUGACCCUGGUGGCCGCAGCUUACACCGUAGCUUUAAGAUACACAAGGACGUCAGAUAAAGAGCUCUACUUUUCAACCACAGCCGUGUGUAUCACAGAAGUGAUAAAGUUAUUGCUAAGUGUGGGCAUUUUAGCUAAGGAAACUGGUAAUCUGGGUAGACUCAGGGCGUCUUUAAGAGAGAAUGUCCUGGGGAGCCCCAAGGAGCUGAUGAAGCUGAGUGUGCCUUCCCUGGUGUACGCCGUCCAGAACAACAUGGCUUUCCUCGCUCUUAGCAACCUGGAUGCGGCGGUGUACCAGGUGACGUACCAGCUGAAGAUCCCUUGCACUGCUCUGUGCACUGUCUUAAUGUUGAACCGGACGCUCAGCAAGCUGCAGUGGAUUUCAGUGUUUAUGCUGUGCGGGGGAGUCACACUCGUGCAGUGGAAGCCAGCCCAGGCCACCAAAGUCGUGGUGAGAAACAACACGCCUAACGUAACUGAGCUAGGAAACUUAAGGUCUUACGCCCUUGAGUCAGUCACGCUGAUACAUUCUGGCUUGAGGGGUCUCGUAAGAGGUUGUAGCCAAGAUACCAGCCAGGCCCGCAGGCAGCUGCAGACCCGCCAAGGCUGGGAGGGGCCGUUUCUCCGGUGGCUCAUUCGUAUGCCCGGCUGGUUGAUAGCGGCUUUUCAUAUUUGCGUACUUAAUUUUCUUUCAGGAGUAUAUUUUGAAAAAGUUUUAAAGAGUUCAGACACUUCCCUUUGGGUGAGAAACAUUCAGAUGUAUCUAUCGGGGAUUGUUGUGACAUUAGUUGGCGUCUACUUGUCAGACGGAGCUGAAAUUAAAGAAAAAGGAUUUUUCUUUGGUUACACAUAUUAUGUCUGGUUUGUCAUCUUGCUUGCCAGCGUUGGAGGCCUCUACACGUCUGUUGUGGUCAAAUACACAGACAACAUCAUGAAAGGCUUCUCUGCGGCAGCUGCCAUCGUCCUUUCUACCGUUGCUUCAGUGAUGCUCUUCGGAUUACAGAUAACACUCACCUUUGCUCUGGGUACUCUGCUUGUCUGUGUUUCUAUAUAUCUCUAUGGAUUACCCAGACAAGACACUACAUCCAUCCAACAAGGAGAAAUGGAUUCAAAAGAGAGAGUCAUCGGUGUGUGAUGUUAGCCUCAAAAGAGAUUCCUACUAAGACUAAACCAUUUAUAUUAAACUAGAGCCUUAAGUCAAUUUCAGAAGGUAGAUUUAAAAAAGAAAAACUGGUCUAAGAAUUAAGAAGAAAGCUAUAUGAAUGAGUUUUAAUGUGACCUGUUUGGAAUCAACUUGUUUUAAGAAUGAAGGAUUUUUAUUAUUGUAUAUAUAACAGUGUACAUACAAUAGUAUGGAGAUGAUGUGGUGUUUAAAAAAAAAAAAUCAUGCGAGGCUGCAACAUUUGAUUAGUGAGGUUUGGGGUUAUGUCAAAGGUUAAAGUGCCAAAGCCGUUUCUGUACUAACUGUUCUCUCGUUCAGGCACCAGGGGAGAAGGGCUGACCCCGCCUUACUCUCCAAGGCAUUACAGUGUUUAGUCCCCGCAGCAGUGAAGACCUAGCUCUUCUCUUACAGAAGGGAGGCAAAAACAAGACGGGCUAGUUCAGAAACAGACUGACUGUGUAACUUCUCAAACUGCAUCUAUCUAGAAGCUCAGACAGUGAUGUGUGGGUGGUGACUGAAUGCCCCUUUAAGUGCUGGCUUUGUGCCAUUCAUUGUCUGGACUCGUAUUUCUUUGCUGUUAGAGGAUAUACUUUUCUUCAAAAAAUAUUUCUAAUGUCACUUUUGUACUUUUUUAAAUAAAGUAUGUAACUGUUGGGCUCUCAAUAAUUUGUGAAAUUUCAGUGUUUUUUAAAAAAAUUUCUAUGAUACGGGGAAAUUCAGCAAUAAACUUAAUUUAUUAUAUGAAA